GCUAUUACACCAAUGCCAGCGAUACAGCUAUAUAAGAAAGAAAUGAAGUCCCAACAAAAACAUCAGUCGUCCAAUAACUCCUUCAAACAACAUGCAGGUCCAAAUCGUUUUUGUUACUGUUCUAUUUCUUGCCGUUUCGAUAGCCGGAAAGGAACAAUCCAAUUAUAGGGAAGUGAAACCCGCGUACGAGCAGCAGCACGAACCAAUGCCAUACGCGUUUGCCUGGGCUGUGAAGGACGAACCCAGCAGCAAUGAUUAUGCGCAUCAGCAAGAAAGCGAUGGCAAGGUGACCACCGGAUCUUACCGUGUCAUCUUGCCGGACGGCCGCACUCAGAUGGUCGCCUACAGAUCUGAUGAAAACGGAUACGUUGUCGACGUGAAAUUCGAAGGUGAAACCAAAUACCCGCAAUAUCAACCUUCCUUACACAACAACAAGGAAAGCUAUCCCCUUCCUAAAGGGAAUGCGGAUAUCCCGAAGGCUUAAAUCAUUUCAAACCAACGGACUUGUAAAGAUGUCAAGAGAUUUUGAAUUUAGGAAUAUGAAACAAAUCUUGUAUUUGUUGUAUAUACAUGCGAUGAAAUGAGUUGUAACUAUAUUUGAUCUUUACUACACAAUAGAAUUGA